ACCAUUUAAUAAAUCGUUUAUAAAAUAUAUCUUGGUAAACGGUUAAAAUAGAUCUAGCCGGCCUUCCAUUAUGUGAAUAAUUAUUCCGAAUUGAGACAAGUCGUGACCGACCCUAAAAAAAGGAGGGAGCAGAACAAAAGUUAAAAAAAGUGUGAGUUUGGGAAAAAAAUAUCAAACUAGCAUACCAAAAAUUACUAACGGAUCUGUAAGCCUUGUACAAGUAAUAACAUAUACUAUUUCAUCAUCAUAUCAAUUGGUUUGAUAAAUUCAGGUUCGAUUUGUUCUACAAUAUUAUAGGACACAACUAUUCGCAUUCAGGAUUUAACGUUAAUUAUUAAGUUAUAGACACGAGGAACUAAAAUAUCUAAAAAAACACAGACACGGUAAAAUUAUGUCAGGUAGAACUCCAUCAAGAUCUUAUGAUCUGAUAAUGAAAUUGUUGUUGGUUGGUGAUAGUGGUGUUGGUAAAUCAUGUUUAUUAUUAAGAUUUGUUGAAGAUAAAUUCAACCCUACAUUCAUUACUACUAUUGGGAUAGAUUUUAAGAUUAGAACCAUAGAAAGUAAAGGCAAAAAGAUUAAAUUACAAGUUUGGGAUACUGCAGGUCAAGAACGUUUUAGAACCAUCACAACGGCUUAUUAUAGAGGUGCCAUGGGUAUAGUUUUAAUCUAUGAUGUUACUGAUGGAAGAUCGUUUGAAAAUGUUGAAAAUUGGUUUCAAACUGUUACUCAACAUGCCAAUGAAGAUGCUCAAGUUUUCUUAGUAGGUAAUAAAUGUGACGAUGAAGUGAAUAGACAAGUAUCUAAAGAACAAGGUCAAGAAUUAGCUUCCAGAUUGAAUAUUCCAUUCUUAGAAGCUAGUGCCAAGAGUAAUGAAAAUGUUGAUACUAUCUUUUAUGAAUUAGCUGGUAUUAUUCAAGACAAACAUGCUAAUGAUGAACAAGCUGCUCCUACAUCUACUUCUAGUGGAGGUAUUAAUAUUAAUCAAACUGGAGCUAAUAUCAAGAACAACUGUUGUUAGAAAGAUGUGUUGUUAUAUAAGGUUUAAUUUCUUUUUCUUCUACUUCUACUUCCCUUUCUUCUACUUCAAAUUCCUUUUUUUAUCCCCAUAAUUCUUUCAACAUAAUAGUUUCAUAUUUUUAAUGUCUUCUUGUUAUAAUGACUUGUUCUAUAGUUAUCUUCUUAUUCUACUAGUUCAUUUUUUUACAUACAUAUAAAAAAAAAACAUACUUUUAUCCUGUGUUCCAAUAU